AUGGCCACCCUCGUCACCUUGCUCGCACUCGCGGCGGGCGUAGCUGCGCACGACGACAUGAACGGCAUGGACAUGUCGAUGGACGGCGCGAUGUCGCUCGCUUCGGGGCAGAUGCUCACGUACCUGCACUUCACGCCCGGCGACAUCCUGUGGUUCCAGGGCUGGGUGCCGAAGAGCACGGGCGCGAUGGUUGGGGCGUGUAUCGGCUUGUUUUUGUUGGCGAUUCUGGAGAGGUGGAUAGCGUGUAUCCGGGCGCUGGCGGAUAUGGCUUGGUGGAGGAGCGCGCAGGAAGCCUUAGCGGACAAACGCACUCCCCAGUCUCUCCCAGCUGCCACGAAUAAGCCAGAGCGAAAGGGCAAGACGAUGUCACUCUCCUCCGUCCCCGUUCUCCCCUCUGUUCCGUCCUCGCAAGGCCCGCGGGCUAGCCUGCCCUUCAUACCUACCAAUGAUAUCCCGCGCGGUAUCAUCCAUGCCGUCCAGUCUGCCCUGAGUUUCGCUUUCAUGCUUGCGGUCAUGACGUACCAAGUCGGUUUCAUCUUCGCUAUUGUUGUCGGGUUGGGUGUAGGCGAGACGCUUUUUGGGAGGUAUACUAACAUGGGGGCGCAUCUCGUCUAA